GGGGAGGUACACGGAAGGCUGAGGGGAGGAAACAAGAUCUUGAGCUGAGCACGAACAUCCCAGCAUCUUCAUUGACUUUAAAAGUAUAUUCUGGAGUCUUCUGUGGUUCACUAUUCCAGCUCUACAGAGGUUCCUUAUAUUUCAUGGCAGGAGGGGUGGAUAAACUUAGGAAUAGUGAAGACAACAAGAAAUUAGUCCAGAGCUUUCCUCAUAGCUCAGAACCUGUCCUCAGUAAGAAUGUCGGAUAGGGUUGACUGGUUACAAAGCCAAACUGGAGUUUGCAAAGUUGAUGUCUAUUCCCCCGGAGAUGACCUACCCCAGGACUGGAAAAUGGAAGACUCACAUGAUCCCAUCAGGGUGCUCAGCUGGCUCCGCAGAGACCUGGAGAAAAGCACAGCAGAGUUCCAAGAUGUUAGAUUCAAGCCUGGAGAAGCAUCAUUAGGUGGGGAAAUGGUCCACUCAGGAGACCCACACAAAAGUUUCUGUGUGGACUAUUAUAACACCACCAGCAAGGGCAGUCCAGGGAGAUUGCAUUUUGAGAUGAGUCACAGAGAGAACCCUUGUCAGGGCCCCAGUGCCCACGCUGGUAACAGGAGCUCAGUAGACGAAGUUUCCUUCUACGCCAAUCGCCUCACAAAUCUCGUCAUAGCCAUGGCCCGCAAGGAGAUCAACGAGAGGAUUGACGGCUCUGAGAGCAAAUGCAUCCAUCAGUCAGUGUACGUGGGGGAUAAGCCCGCACCCAAAAAAAGCCUGAGCAAGGUGGCAUCAGAGCUGGUGAACGAGACUGUCUCUGCCUGUUCCAGAAACUCCACCUCGGAUAAGCCUCCUGGCUCCUCUGACAGAGCCUCAGGAACAUCACAGAGUCCCGUGAAUUUAAAAUACAAAAGUGCUUUGAAGAUCAAGGACAGCACCAAGGAAAGCAGGGGUCCAGACGACAAGCCUUCUUCUAAGAAGUCUUUCUUCUAUAAGGAAGUGUUUGAAUCUUGUAACGCAAGUGAUGCCACAGAGGGCAGAAGGUCCUUACCCGCAGAGGGAGAGAUGUUGAGAGAGCAGGAAAAGCCCAAUGACUUCACAGCUUCUGUCAGUCAAGGGAUCAUCACCUAUGCUAACAGUGUGGUGUCUGAUAUGAUGGUCUCCAUCAUGAAGACACUGAAGAUCCAAGUGAAGGACACGACCAUUGCCACCAUCCUGCUAAAGAAGGUCCUGAUCAAGCACGCGGAAGAGGUGGUCUCAGAUCUCAUCGACUCCUUCAUGAAGAACCUCCACGACGUCACAGGGGCCCUCAUGACUGAUACGGACUUUGUCUCGGCCGUGAAAAGAAGUCUCUUCGUUCAUGGAAGCCAGAAGGCCACAGAUAUCAUGGAUGCCAUGCUGAGUAAACUCUACUCAGUGAUAUUUGCCAAGAAACCUCCUGAGACUGUCAGGGAAACCAAGGACAAGUCUGAGAGUUAUUCCCUCAUGUCCGUGAAAGGAACGAGUGACCCUAAAAACCGAAACGUCAGCUUUGCAUCCAUGAAAUCUGAAGGUAAAUUGAGGGAAAAAAUAGGCUCUCCUGCACCCAAACCCGAGAAGGAGAAGACUUGUGUUGAAACUCUGGGCGAGCACAUCAUCCAAGAGGGCCUGUCCCUGUGGCAUAAAAACCAGCAGAAAGAAGGAAAAUCUCCAGACCUCCAGUGUGCACCGCUUGCAGCUUCCAACAAACAGCAUAAACCUGCGCCAGACUCUCCCUCGGGAGUUCCUCUCGAUCCUAGCAACCUCAGUCCCUCUAUGCAUCACCCAGAGAAACUGGAGAAUUUUAUGCAUGACUCUGAGUCCUGGGCCAGGGACCUGAUCGUAUCCGCCUUACUUCUGAUUCAGUACCACCUGGCCCAGGGGGGAAGCAUGGAUGCACAGAGUCUCCUUAAAGCUGCUGGCGGCACCAACUUGCAGGCCAACAACAAGUCCCCUGCAGUUUCUGAUGAGUCCGGCCUUAGGUCUCCUCAUAUGGGGGUUGACCAAGAAGCAGCAGAAAAGAAGGAUCUAAUGAGCGUUUUCUUCAACUUCAUCCGGAACUUACUCGGUGAGACCAUUUUCAAGAGCGACCGUAGCUCUGAACCCAAGCCAACUAAGGAAGAAGACAGUCCCCAGUGUGAAAGACCUGUAAGUCCUUCUCCCAUCAAACUAAAUGAAGGCGAUGAGGCUGGAGGUACUUUUGCUGGGCUGACCAAGAAGGUUGCUAACCAGCUAGAUGACCACAUGAACAAGCAAAUGGUAGAACAUCUGAUGGACUCAGUGAUGAAGCUGUGUCUCAUUAUUGCCAAGUCCUGUGACUCUCCAUUGGCAGAAGUAGAAAGUAAUAAGUCUGGGGACACCAACAGGCCAACUUCAUCCUCCCCAGAUAGUCUACAUGAGUGUUUGUCAACCAAGGGCACAGGGGCAGCAGAGAUCCUCCUGAAGAAUGCUUAUGAAGCUAUCUACAACGAAUUGAGAGGCAUAUCAGCACCGCUCCCCGAAGGGUCUGCAGCACCCAAAGUGAUUGUCAGCAGUCACAACCUAGCCGAUACGGUUCAGAACAAGCAACUCCAAGCCGUUCUUCAAUGGGUGGCCGCCUCUGAGCUCAAUGUCCCCGUGUUGUACUUUGCUGGUUAUGAUGAAGGAAUCCAGGAGAAGCUACUUCAGCUCUCGGCAGCCGCCAUGGAAAAAGGGCGCAGCGUAGGUGAGGUUCUGCAGUCGGUGCUGCGCUAUGAGAAGGAACGACAGCUGCACGAGGCUGCGGGCAACGUCACGCGGCUGCAGCUGCUGGACUGGCUGAUGGUGAACCUGUGAUGGGGCCGCUGCCCUCCCCUCUUCCCGCGCUGGGCCCGGCCCUCGUCCCCUCCCUGCCUUCUCACCUCCGCAGCCCCCGCCUCCGUAUCAUCACAGAGCCCCAGCGUCACCUUCAUACCACUCACAUCCAAGACACGUCAUCUUGUGCUAGUCCCUGGA